AUGUCUCGACGUCCGACCCCCGGGCAAGCCGCCCAAAACUCGCAAACCAUCAAGGGUUUGUUGAGACUUGAGCACAACAAGAUAUGUGCCGACUGUAAACGGAACAAGCAUCCGCGAUGGGCCUCUUGGAAUCUGGGUGUUUUUGUUUGCAUUCGCUGCUCGGGCAUUCACAGGGGUAUGGGCACGCAUAUCAGCCGAGUCAAGUCCGUGGAUCUCGAUGCUUGGACCGAUGAACAACUUCAGAGCGUGGUCAAAUGGGGCAAUUCAAGAGGAAACAAGUAUUGGGAGGCGAAAUUGGCACCUGGCCAUGUUCCUUCGGAGGCGAAAAUUGAGAACUUCAUCCGGACCAAGUAUGAGAGCAAGCGAUGGGUAUUGCAGGAUGAAAUCCCAGAUCCCUCCACCCUAGAUGACGGCGAUGACGACGUUCCUCUUGCGGUUGUGCAGGAAAAAGCGAAGAUUGAACGCUCUGCUUCGCAACGACUCCCCGCUCCCAGUCAGCCCCCGGUACACCGUCAACAGCCUCCAAUUGACCUGUUUGGUGAUGAUAUCUCUCCUCCGGCCCGCCCCAGCACAACUGAUCCUACUCUGCGUGCGCCAUCCAGACAAGCCCAACCCGCGCCUGUCAAGACUCACAAGCCCAAUGAUUCCCUACUCGGCCUUGACUUCUUCGGUAGCACUCAGCCCGCUGCUGGCACUCGCCCAACUAGCACAGCAUCCACUCCGGCAGCGCCAUCCGGAAUGUCUCGGCCGGAUCUUAAGCAAUCAAUUCUGUCGCUGUAUGCGAAGCCGCAACCGGCACCACCGGUGCAACAUCAGCGAGGCAACUCUUUCGGCGACAUGGCCUCUCCUCCGGCUCCCUCCGCUUCUCAUAUGGGUGGCCUGACGGACGCCUUUAGUGGACUGAGCUUCCCCACCACCACUUCUCCUCCACCUGCUAAGCCAGUGGAAAAACCCUCUGCAUUUUCCAACCUUGCAUCUUUCGGUGGUGCUAAGUCAACUCCUGCGGCUCCGAAGGUCACAUCACCCUCCGGAUCUGCUCGGGGUGACCUUUUUGAAAGCUUUUCCUCCCAUACCCCGAAGCCCCAGUCUCGCACUACUUCUGUGUCCUCAAAUGGACAAGAUUUCGGAUUUGGUGGCUUCACAUCCCCAACUGUUAAGCCUAACCCUCCAUCGUCAUCCCUUUCGAAUGAUCUGUUUGGGCUUUCUUCGACCUCUUCCGCGCCCCAAGCAACGGUCUCUCCCCCAAAGUCUGCUGCAACAUCUCCACAGCAAGAAAUGAAUUCUGCAUUCAAUAUUUCCGCACCCCCGAUGCAACCUCUCGCCCCUCCCAAAGCGCCAGCUACCAGCGCCGCAAACGCUGCCGCAGCCAGCAUUAUGUCUGGAAGCCUCGACCCAUGGGGUGGCAAUGCGUGGAGUACGCCUGAUCGCGCACCCUCUCCUGCUGCUGCUGCACCUUCAACUGCGUCCAUGAUGAAGGUCCCUGACACAUUAACCCCACACGAUAUGGGUCAUGGUUGGGGUGCCCCAAGUGCGGCCCCCAAAUCCGCUCCCACUGUAGCGGCCGAUGAGGAUUUUGGUGGCUGGGCUAGCGCUGCUCCCGUCUCCAACCCAAAUCCUUCUACCAACAACAGCAAGCCUGCUGGUGGGUUUGGGGGAUCUGAUGACCUCUUCUCCAACGUCUGGGAGUGA